AUGUUUACGAUUAUUUUAUUCACAUUACUGGCGAUAUUAUGUUUAGUGGAAGUGCUCGUUAAUUUUAAUGAAAACGCUAGAACUCUAAAAAAAAUUCCAGGCUUUAAAGAUGUGUUUUUCUUUGGAAAUUCCACUGUUGUUUUUGGAAUGGAUUCAGUCAGGUUGUUCAAGUUUGGCAGGGAAUGUGCUAAAAAAUUCAAUGGAAUUUAUAGAUUCUACAGUUUAUCUAUAGCAGCAGUUAAUGUUUUUAAUCCCAGUGACGCUGAGAUUGUCAUGUCAACUAUGAAGCAUCAUGAGAAAAGUAUUAUCUAUAAAUUUAUCAAACCGUGGCUUCAUGACGGUUUGUUGGUAAGCAAAGGAUCAAAAUGGCAAGAACGAAGAAAAAUUCUUACAUCAGCAUUUCAUUUCAACAUUUUGCGCAAAUAUUUUCUCAUAAUUGAAGAAAACAGCCAGAAACUGGUGAAUGUAAUGGAAAAAAACAGUGGGGAAUCCGUCGAUAUCGUUCCAAUAUUGAGCGAAUACACCCUUAAUUCUAUAAGUGAAAGUGCAAUGGGGGUAGAGCUUGACAAAGAUCCCAUGUAUUCAGGUCUUACUUAUAAGACCGCAGUAUACGAAACUAUUAAAAUUUUUGUUCAUCGUUUCAUUCGAAUUUACCUCUAUCCAGACUUUUUGUUUAACCUGAGUCCUGGUGGCAUCAAACAGGCGCGAUAUUUAUCGAUAAUUCAUACGUUUAUCAGAAAUGUUAUUAAUAAAAGGAAACAAAAUUUUCAAAAUAAUGAAAAAGAGAGUGGCACCUUAGCUGACAAUGAUAGUUACGUUUAUAAGAAGAAAAGUCGUGCAGCAAUGUUAGAUUUGCUGAUCUCGGCUGAGAAGGAAGGACUUAUUAACGAUGAUGGGAUUAUAGAAGAAGUUAACACUUUCAUGUUUGAGGGCCAUGAUACAACAGCGGCCGGUUUGACAUUUUGUUUAUUGACAUUAGCUGAGAAUCAAGAUGUUCAGGAAAAAGUUUAUCAAGAAUUGCAAAGUAUAUUUAACGGAAGGGAUGAUGUUACAUUAGAAGAUUUAACAAUGAUGAAUUAUUUGGAGCGAUGCAUAAAAGAAAGUAUGCGAUUGUACCCGCCUGUUCCGUUUAUUAGUCGCACUUUGAGUGAAACAGUUAAAUUGAGUAACUACACGGUACCUGUGGGAACUAUGUGUCACAUUCACAUAUACGACAUGCAUCGCCAGGAAAGCUUAUUUAAGAACGCUGAAAAAUUCGAUCCUGACCGUUUUCUGCCUGAAAAUAGUGUUGGACGACAUCCUUACUCGUAUAUCCCCUUCAGUGCAGGACCUAGAAAUUGUAUAGGUCAGAAGUUCGCAAUGAUGGAAAUGAAGUCAGCGCUCUCAGCUUUACUGAAAAAUUACAAGCUGUUACCAGUUACAACAUCAAAAGAUCUUGAGUUUGUAGCUGAUUUAGUUUUACGAAAUUCAAAACCUAUAUACCUUAAGUUUAUUAAACGACAUUGA